UCGCGGGCCCUCUCGCCGGACCCCCGGACCCCGAUGGCUUGGACGGGGCUUGCGGGCGCCGUUGGACGCUGGUGGGGACUCGCGCUCGGCUUGACCGCAUUCUUCCUCCCAGGUGCACACCCGCAGAUGGUCCAGGUGAAUGACUCCAUGUACGGAUUCAUCGGCACCGACGUGGUCCUGCACUGCAGCUUCGCCAACCUGCUGCCCAACGUGAAGAUCACGCAGGUCACGUGGCAGAAGGCCACCAAUGGCUCCAAGCAGAACGUGGCCAUCUACAACCCCGCCUUGGGGAUCUCAGUGCUGCCCCCCUACCAGAAGCGCGUGGAGUUCCUGCAGCCCUCCUUCACCGACGGCACCAUCCGCCUGUCCCGCCUGGAGCUGGAGGACGAGGGCGUCUACAUCUGCGAGUUCUCAACGUUCCCCAAGGGCAAUCGUGAAAGCCAGCUCAACCUCACUGUCAUGGCCAAACCCACCAACUGGAUCGAGGGCACCCAGGCAGUACUUCGAGCCAAGAAGGGGCAGGAGCGCAAGGUCCUGGUGGCCACUUGCACCUCGGCCAAUGGGAAGCCUCCCAGUUUGGUGACCUGGGAAACGCGCCUGAAGGGGGAGGCUGAGUACCAGGAGAUCCGGAACCCCAAUGGCACAGUGACCGUCAUAAGCCGCUACCGCUUGGUGCCCAGUCGGGAGGCCCACCAGCAGUCCCUGGCCUGCAUCGUCAACUACCACAUGGACCGCUUCAAAGAGCGCCUCACUCUGGACGUGCAGUAUGAGCCCGAGGUGAGCAUCGAGGGGUUUGAUGGGAACUGGUACCUGCAGCGGACGGACGUGAAGCUCACGUGCAGAGCGGAUGCCAACCCCCCAGCCACGGAGUACCACUGGACCACGCUGAAUGGCUCGCUCCCCAAGGGCGUAGAGGCCCAGAACAGAACCCUCUUCUUCAGGGGACCCAUCAAUUACAGCCUGGCAGGGACCUACAUCUGCGAGGCCACCAAUCCCAUUGGCACUCGCUCGGGCCAGGUGGAGGUCAACAUCACAGAAUUCCCCUACACCCCGUCUCCUCCCGAACACGGGCGGCGAGCCGGGCCUGUGCCCACAGCCAUCAUUGGGGGCGUGGUGGGGAGCGUCCUGCUGGUGCUGAUCGUGGUCGGCGGGAUCGUGGUCGCCCUGCGCAGGCGCCGCCACACCUUCAAGGGCGACUACAGCACCAAGAAGCAUGUGUACGGCAACGGCUACAGCAAGGCGGGCAUCCCCCAGCACCACCCCCCGAUGGCCCAGAACCUGCAGUACCCCGAUGACUCAGACGACGAGAAGAAGGCCGGCCCGCUCGGGGGGAGCAGCUACGAGGAGGAAGAGGAAGAGGAGGGUGGCGGUGGGGGCGAGCGCAAGGUGGGUGGCCCGCACCCGAAAUAUGACGAGGACGCCAAACGGCCCUACUUCACGGUGGACGAGGCUGAGGCCCGCCAGGACGGCUAUGGGGACCGGACUCUGGGCUACCAGUAUGACCCCGAGCAGCUGGACUUGGCUGAGAACAUGGUUUCUCAGAACGACGGGUCUUUCAUUUCCAAGAAGGAGUGGUACGUGUAGCCCCCACCCCUGCCCCAACCCUCUGCAGAGCCUCUUGUCUGCACCGACCUCUCCCUAGCCACCACCCGCACGCCCCCUGCCCAGCCCCCACAUCCCCUUUGUACAGAGCGCUACAGACGCACGGAACUGCCCAGAGCCGGCCUGGAUUCCUGGGGCGCAGGGGAGCCGGGCGGGCGGCACGACUUGGCUGUUUUAUUUCCCCGCCCCUGUCGCCCCGGUGUUGUGUCACCCUUGGCCUUGGUGUUGCUGUGCCCUCUGUUGUACUGCCCCACCUGCCUGUCCACCAUGUAGGGAGCCCAUCCUCGGCUUGUGUUCCUGGGCGUCCCUCCAGGGGUGAGGAGCCAGCACUCCCCACCCCGAAACACUGGAAUUUGUUUGUGUUCUCCUCAUUGGGGUGGAGAGCGAAGGGGGGCGGGGUCCAUGAGGAAGACCCCCACGGCCCCACCUCCACAUGCUGCUCCUCUUUCCCAGGACAAGAGCGCUCUCCCCCCCAGCCCCUGCGACACCCCCCCCCCACAGUGCGCUGAUGCACCUGGGACGUUGGACACCCCCCAGUCCAGAAAGUGGUUGUUCCCCACAGGUGGGGCUACAGGGGCGUGGCUUCUCCAAAGCUCCCAGGGGAGUUUUAUUUGCUAAGUGAAUCGAGUUGAGGUCCCCAUGGGAGUGGGGGGCCUUGAGUAGUGUGUUUGCUGAUGAGGCUGGCUUUAGGGGGGUUUUCCCUCAUUGGCCUACAGAGAGCUCAGUUGGCCCAGAUCUGUCAUGUUCCUCCUGUUCAACUUUCCCAUCCACCCCACACACAGUGGGACUGUAGGGACAUCUGCCUGCACUUCCUGUCUGCUGCCACCACACACGUAAGUGCGCACACACACAUAAACAUGCACACCCCACUCAGCUGCUCUGCCCUCCCCUGGGUCACAUGCCUGACCCAGGCUAACCCUCCCAAGUCUCAUCCUCUCUGCACCACCUCUUCCCCGGUCCCAGCUGAGACUGGAGGCAGCCUUUAGAAGCUUCUAGGGCAGCUGAGACCAGGUGCCUCUGCCCAGGAUCUCAGAUGGGCCCCACACUGCCUCUUAACAGCACAGAAGUUUCUCCAGUGCCCUCCUUCUCUGCAGUGCUAGCAACUCCAGAUUCUCGUCUGACCAGGGAGAUCCAGGGCUGGGACUCACGCAGGGAAGGAGUUGAUCCAGUGGGGCUUGGGAGAAGCUCUCUGGUAGGCCAGCUGCGUUCCCAGCCUGACAGACAGGCCCCAGAGGAUGUCAUGGACUCACCAGUAAAUGCAGGGGUCAGGGGAAGACCCCCUCUGCUCACCCAUAGUCCUUUUCCUGCUCAGAUGCCCCAGGUCUUCAUUCUGGGAUGGAGGGAGGGCCUUGGAGAAGGCCUUCCCUUUGAGUGCUGUGUCCCCUCCCUGGGUGGGACCCUGGGUGUCAUCUGUACACUGGAGGAAGGCUCCCACCCAGCCCACUGCACCUCAGCUCAAAGUGCCUCAGUUCCUCCAUCUGUCCACCAGGUCCCCCCAGCACUCUCCACAGGCAUACUUGCAGGAAGAGUCCUGGGAUGGGGAGGCGGGCUCUGAGAACCACUUGUACCUGCCCGCUAGGAUUCAUUUACCCAUCCCAGCAUGCCAAGGGUUCUGUGAGUUGGCAGGUGUUUGGGGGGAGGGGAAGGAGACAGAACAAUCUGUGCCCCACGGGCACUACCCUGUCCUGCCCUACUGCAGACUUCCCCAGGGAGCUUCUCAUCCCCCAGCCGAUCCCUCCUACCCUGGUGCUGCUACUUGAACCCCUAGCCAGCUCCAGCUCUGUCCUGGCAACCCUGGGCCCCUGCUCCCAUUGCCCCAGACAGACCGCCCAGUAGCCAUGUAGCAGAAGUCUGAAGCCAUGCCAGCCCUGGGGCGGCUCUGCCCUCUUGGCAGUGGAGGUACUGGGUAGGGUAGAGUUGGGGGAGAAAAUUCUGGGGCAGAGAGACAGGAGGGAGCUGAAUCAAGAGAGCCCCGCUGGGCUGCUUCUCCUGGCAGUAUAAAUGCUCCCACCCAGAGCAGAGGACCCUUCUCACGUCACAUGGCUGCCCAUGCCACCUCAUGUCACCUCCUCUGGCCCUUGAACUUGGUCCCCUCAUCCCCAGAGUCAAUCCCAGAGGCCUGCCUGAUGGCGGCACUCCCUUGCCCCCUGACAGCAAAACACUGAAAGGACGCCCCCCCCCCCAACUGCAUCCCCUUCCUUGCCCUGCACUGCCACCUCUAUUCAUUAUUCGGGUGGACUCUCCCUCCAAGCAAAGCACAAAUUGUGGGACGUACACAGAGUAGGCCAGGCUGGCACCUUCUGCCUCCCCAGAUCCCUGGCAGCAGCAUACCCACCCUGGAUGGCUGCAACAGGGCCAGGGUCGGAUUGCCCAACGAUCGAGGUAAGCAUGUGCUGACUUGUGCUUGCUUACUAAUCUGUAGUGGACAAGUCACAAGGGGCUCGCCGCCUUGAAACUCAUGUCAAAGUGUUCGCUACAAAUUAAUAAGCACACUCAGCUCAGGCUUCCCUUGCUUUCUGGAUGACCGGACACUGCCCUGGGCUAAGGGUGGGCAAGGGGCAGGCUUAGCACAUGGGCCUAGAGAGAGGAGGUUUCUGGGCUCCAAGUUCAUAGGAUAUGAGAGGAUGGGUCCUGCUGCAGAGGGCUGGACAGCUGGCCUGGCAGAGCACUGAGGGGACAUGGCUUUUCCAUGCCCACAGUGAGAGCUUAGCUUCUACCUCUGCGGACAAGGAGAUCCACCUGGCACUAUUGUGCCAGGACCUCCCCAGCUCUCCUGCCUCUCCUGCCUGAUCCCCCUCCCUGCCCGCCUUGGCCCACAGCCCUAUUUCCCUACUGUCUUUGAUACUGUUGUAAAGUAUAAAGGGACCAUGGGAGUCCCCGUGUUCCAGAAGGAUCCAGGAAGCAGCAGCGUGGAGCCCGUGCACGCACACCUGCGGGGGUGGCCGCGGGCACAGCUCUGCACACAGUGGCACACAGUGGGCGCAUGCUCAGACAGACCAAGCACAUUACCCAACACAGGUGCGGCGCACAGACGGAGCACAGUAUGCGCAUGCGUGCACACAAAGGCGCGGGUUCGGUCCCGCUGAAAGCCAGUAGGGAGAGCCCGUGAUGCCCGCUGCUCCGGCCGUGAGCGAGACUCGCAGGGGCCCCCAUUAUCCCCGGGUCAUGCACUCCCUUUGCCAACCACCCCCAUGUGCCCAAGCCACUUGUGCAAUAAUCCUCAACGCGGAGCAGUCAGAAACUGUUAGGAACAGGCGGGGGUGGGGGGUGCUAACGGUGGGGGUGCCCUCCCUCUCGGGAGCAGGGAAGGGUCCCACACCUCUGAGGGUCCAGACAGAUGUCCAAACCCCAUCAACAGAGCCCCCUUCCCGACCCCAGACGCCAACGGGGGAGCUGCCCAGGGCGAGCCCGCAGGCCUGUGCUGUCUGCUGGUGCUGCCGCCUCUCCGCCCUGCUGUGAGCAACAGGGCUUCUCUUUGUAUAAAUGGGAAAUCCAGGAGAAGCUGCCGCCCCUCACCUGAGUGUGACCCUUCGCUUCAGUUUCUAUGUCCUGGUUUAGUCUUUGGUCCUGGGCACUGCCUGCCCUGGCGGACCUCCUGGCUCUGACCCGGGGGUGUUUGCCUCACCCACCCCCUUUUACUUGUAUAAAAAAAAUAUGGGUUAAAAAUGUACUAAGGAAAAAAAAAAUGUACUUUUUUAUAAAUAAAGUGUUUAAAACAAA